GCGCUUGAAAACAGCGGGUAAAGAGGUAGGUCAGCUUUAGCUUUUUGGAAGGUAAGAGCUUCCAAACAAGCAUGUUCGUUCUCGCGUGCUCCCAUGGAGUAGGGGAGUCCACAACUUUCCUUGCUCAAGCACCUCGCAUCUCCCGCUCUAGGACCUGUUUAGGAAGCUUGACAGCUCCAAGCUGGAGACCGUAGGGCUUGGCGGGACAUCACGCAAGAUACUACACCAAUAUGCGUGAUGUCAAAGAUGGAAUCGACAGCGACUCCAUCUAUCUCAGCCUCCGUCGAUAUCUUGGAAAUCCGAUAUAAAGAUGGACCUUGCUCCCGCUCUAUCAUCAGUUUUCCUCUCUUCAGCCCCAUCCGCUCUUCUCUGAUCACCUCUCCUCCUCGGUUCUUCUAUCUUCAUCACAAUGGCCUCCCUUCGCCGCCUCGCCCUCGCCGUCGGAGCUCUGCUCCCGGCCGUCCUCGCCGCCCCCGCCGCCGUCAACAGACGCGCUGAGCCCGCGGCCGCCCCCGGCAAGUACAUCGUCACCCUCAAGGAGGGUGCCGCCGCCAGCGUCGAGUCCCACUUGAACUGGGUCGCCGACGUCCACAAGCGCUCUCUGAGCAAGCGUGACACUGUCGGUGUUGAGAACACUUUCAACAUCAGCAACUGGAACGCCUACUCUGGCGAGUUUGAUGAGGCUACCAUUGAAGAGAUCAAGGCCAGCGCCGACGUUGCUGUUGUCGAGCCCGACUACUACAUGUACCUCUCCGACUUCGAGGUUGAGGAGCGUGCCCUCACCACCCAGUCCGGUGCCCCCUGGGGUCUGGGAUCCAUCUCUCACAAGACCUCCGGCUCUACCUCGUACAUCUACGACACCUCGGCCGGUGCCAACACCUACGCCUACGUCGUUGACUCUGGUGUUAUCUCCACCCACACCCAGUUCGGUGGCCGUGUCACCCUCGGCUUCAACGCUUUCACCGGCACCCACACUGACACUCUCGGCCACGGUACCCACGUUGCCGGCACCAUCGGUGGCUCCACCUACGGUGUUGCCAAGUCGACCAACAUCAUCUCCGUCAAGGUCUUCCAGGGCGCCCAGGGCACCACCUCCUCCAUUCUGUCCGGCUUCAACUGGGCCGUCAACGACAUCACCUCCAAGUCCCGCGCCGCCCGCUCCGUGAUCAACCUGUCCCUCGGUGGCCCCGCCUCCACCACCUGGACCUCCGCCAUCCAGGCCGCCUACACCCAGGGCGUCCUCUCCGUCGUUGCCGCCGGCAACGGAGACGACUUCGGCAACCCCCUUCCCGUCUCCAGCCAGUCCCCCGCCAACGCCCCCAACGCCCUGACUGUCGCCGCCAUUGACUCCAGCUGGCGCCCGGCCUCCUUCACAAACUACGGUGCUGGCGUCGAUAUCUUCGCCCCUGGUGUCUCUAUCCUCUCUGCUUGGAUCGGCGGCAACUCUGCCACCAACACCAUCAGCGGCACCUCCAUGGCCUGCCCCCACGUUGCCGGUCUUGCCGUCUACCUCCAGGCUCUUGAGGGUCUCUCUACACCCGCUGCCGUUACCAGCCGCAUCAAGGCCCUCGGCACCUCUGGCCGUGUCACCGGCACCCUGUCUGGUAGCCCUAACCUCGUUGCCUACAACGGCAACGGUGCGUAAAUUCAACGUUGUUGAUUUGCUCAACGAUAGCAUGAAGAGACUGUGGGUGUCGUAUUGUCGAACGCCAGCAGGUCUUCUCAAGUUAUAAUCAAGUAGCUGAUGGGGAUGGUAACUAGAAUAAUG